UAUUGCCCGUGGUUAAAACAUUUCAUGUGAAUGUUACGUUUGGCGUUUUGGGAAUGAGAGACGCUUUUCAACAGCCCUGUUGCUGUUGGGCGAAAAACAGCCCACCAACAGGCUGGCUACACGUAAGACAAAGGAGUCUGUGCUACAAUAAAAUGGGAAGCAGCUGAUUAAUUCUUCCAAAAACCCACUGCACCUAGUAAGUUUGAAAUCCACCCUUCCCCUUCGCGCCACUGAUAAUUCGUCUAAGUAAACAUGGAUAGAUGAUGGUCUUUAAUUACUAGAAGGUAUUUUCUGUUUCUAGAAUCUCACAUAAGCCGGCAUUCGCAUUCCUUCUUCAGCAAAGAUGAAAGUCAUUGGUUCCGCUAUGGAACCAGAUAAGCACCAUGACUACCACCUUCUUGAUUCAGAAUCAGCUUUGCCUGUGGGAAAUGAUCUGAAGAAUGGAAGAAGAAGAGAAGGAGCCACUGAAAGUGAAUCCCACAAAUCCAAUCUCCCGAAGGGUACGCCUGUUCAUAGGAAGGCUUAUCUGAACAAAUUUGCUCUUGCUGGUGCCAUUUUGGCUUCUACAAACUCUAUUCUAUUGGGCCAUGGAAUCACUUUCCAGUUUCCAUGUGCAGAUAUUGGGGUGAUGAGUGGCGCAGUGCUCUUCACCAGGGAGUUUGGGUAAGGGAUGAGAUCUGGUGUAAGUGUACAGUUAAUCACAUAAUAUGCUGGCGUGGCAAAAUGACAUUGGAGAGUUGGUUAUGGCCGGAUACCAGACCGGCUGGUCUCCAGGAUUUCCCAUUCGAUAUUCAUUCUAUUUUUUUUCCCUUUAAUUUUACAUCUUUAUUUAGCUUCCACCAUUUUUUUUUUCCGGGAAUCUUUCCCUACCAAAAGUUUGGAUUAAGUGAGCUCAGAUGCAACUCGAGCUCAACAAAUCAUACAUUUAUUUUCUUGUCGAGU